AUGGCUUCCGUAGCAACACAGAAGCCGUCCGGCUCGGCGCAGAAGAGGCAGCUUUCCGAACAAGGUGCGUGCGCGCUCUCCUCGGCCACAAAUGCCAACGAAGAAGCAGCACAGCUGUUCCAGUCGCGCAGAUCCGAGCUGCAGGGCAUCGCAUCCAAGGUGGGCGAGCUCGAGGGCGAGGCGGACGAACACAAGCUCGUCAUCGACACGCUCACCGAAGCGUCCAAGGCAGAUCCCAAGCGCAAGUGCUUCCGCCUCAUUGGUGGCGUGCUUGUCGAACGCACAGUCAAGGAGGUCCUGCCCGCUCUCCAGACCAACCUCGAAGGCCUCAAGCAAAUCCUCGAAACGCUCCUCAAGCAGUACAAGCAAAAGGAGUCCGAGCUGCAAGAGUUCCAGCGCGAAUAUGCAAGCUGA